UGCAGCAUUUUUUGACAUUUUUGUUGUUUUCAGGAUCCCUUUUUAUCGGGAAAUUCGUCGCGUUUUAUCUUUUUCGGUUUAGCAGCAGCUGGCUGGCGAUAACCGCGCAGUGCAAAUUCUCAAGCUAUCUUUUGUUUACUUUUGGAACCUGGCGUCACCUUGCUGCAGCAAGUCUUGCGUCAUUGGUCUAUAUUUGUUGUUGUGUCCAUCCAUCGGAUCGGGAUCGAAAGGAAAACUCAUCAUCUGCGCUGCAAACCGCCCAAUAUGGGUCGAUUUGCCUACUCCAAAUAAGGAUCUGCUCCGUUUCGGUUACGAGGAAUGAACACCAGCAUCCGCACCUACGACGACGAACCGGAGUACGUUGAUCGAUUUAGGAACCUUGGUCCGUCGCACCAGCACCGGAAGUUGCAGAAAAUAAUGGCUUUGAAUGGAUUUUUCGAGUUUUUCCAACGUGAGAAGACGUUUCGCCCGAAGAAACGGUUCACGCAAGGAACGAUUCGAUACUCGUUACACAAACAGGCGCACGCCAGUCUACAGUCCGGUAUCAAUCUGAGGGAUGUAGUCAGACUACCAGCCGGCGAAAGCAUGAACGAUUGGUUGGCGGUACAUGUGGUAGACUUUUUCAACCGAAUUAAUCUGAUUUAUGGGAUCGUUUCCGAGUACUGUAAUGAAACGACCUGUCCGACAAUGAGCGGCGGUUCCAAGUACGAGUAUCUGUGGGCGGAUGGAGAAGUUUUCAAGAAACCUACCCAAUUGCCGGCACCCCGAUACAUCUCGUUGCUAAUGGAUUGGAUCGAGAAUCAAAUUAACAACGAAUCGCUGUUCCCGGUCUCGUCGGACGUUCCCUUUCCACGAUCUUUCCCCACACUGUGCAAAAAAAUAUUGGCCCGAUUGUUCAGGGUAUUCGUGCAUGUGUAUAUCCAUCACUUCGAUCGGAUCGUCAGUAUUGGGGCGGAAGCGCAUGUCAACACGUGCUAUAAGCAUUUCUACUACUUCAUACAAGAGUUCGAUUUGAUGCAGGCCAAGGAGCUCGAACCGCUGGCUGUGAUGAGUGCUCAAAUGUGCAAAGACUAGGAGCAAGGAUUACAGAAGCAAUUGUGCAUGCCGAGUGGCCUGGUAUUUUGAGUUAAGAGGCAUUUUUCCCUACUAAUAUUGAUAGGUUUGCUGAUUUUAACAUUCAAUUAUUGUGUAGAUUUUAAUAUUCCGAAUGGACGACAAUGAAGUUGUUUAAUUAGAAGUAAACAAUAAACCUCAUGAAUAAAUCAUA